GGGGCCGCACAUCUGGGCGGGGCGGGGCGGAGCCCCCGAGCAAUGACUCCGGCGGGGCCGGAGCCGAGCAUCCCACAGCCGGUGCGAACGACGAACGGAGUUGAGCCGAGCCGACACCAUGCCCAAGUGUCCCCGCUGCCAGAAGGAGGUCUACUUCGCUGAGAAGGUGACUUCUCUGGGGAAGGACUGGCACCGGCCCUGCCUGCGAUGUGAGAAGUGUAACAAGACCCUGACAUCUGGGGGGCACGCAGAGCAUGAUGGCAAGCCCUACUGCAACCACCCCUGCUAUGCUGCCUUGUUUGGACCCAAAGGGUUUGGCCGGGGAGGAGCCGAGAGCCACACAUUCAAGUAGAGUUCAGGUCUGAUUGGCAGAGCUCCCUUUGCAGCCCGAAGACAGCAUAAAUCCACUGCAAACAGACAUGCCUUCUCGUCCCUCAUCACUCUGUAAUCAAAUAGCACAUUAAAGCAAUAAGUAACCCAGGAUGGGGCGGAGAGGGGCUCUGCUCCAGAAGGAGCUGCAGGGUGGGAGGUUGGAUGCUGCUCCACAGGAAAUUCAGUCGCUGAGGGCUGCCUGGAGAGAAGACCACACCUAGCCAGCCAAACCCAGCCCUGCUUCUGGCACCCGGCUCUGCAGUAGGGCCCACCUUUGUAUUCCCAAUCUUUAAUAAACCCUGAACAACCAUUGCUUACUCCA